AUGGCCGCUCGGAGUGGGAGCGGGGUUGGAGUGGGAGUCGGGGGCGGGGCUACCCUCCGUGGAGCCACUGUUGCCUUAGUCUCCUUCGCGGCCGCGCUGUGCUGUCUGUGGACUGAAGUUCUGCACAGAGCCUUCACCUUCCACAGCCACAGGCCUGCUGCGAGCAUGGAGAGAAACCUUCAGCUGGUCAGGAAUAUCGUUCCACCACUAGUCGCAGACAAGCAUAAAGGACAGGAUGGGAAGAUUGGAGUGGUCGGAGGUUCUCGUGAAUACACUGGAGCGCCCUACUUUGCUGCAAUCACCAGCCUUAAAGUGGGCGCUGACCUCUCGCACGUGUUCUGCACCGUGGACGCUGCCCCGGCCAUUAAAUCCUACAGUCCCAACAUCAUCGUUCACCCAGUACUGGAUGGUCAGACGGCAGCGGAGGAGGUGCGGAAGUGGUUCCCGGCCCUACACUCCAUGGUGAUCGGCCCAGGGCUGGGCAGGGAAGAGAAGGUGCUGCAGAAUACCAAGGAAAUAAUCCGUCAGAGCAGAGCCCAGGGAAUGCCACUGGUGAUCGAUGCCGACGGACUGUGGGUUGUCGUACAAGAUCUGUCACUGAUCCAAGGAUACACCAGGGCCAUCCUGACGCCGAACGUUGUCGAGUUUGGCAGACUGUACCAGGCGGUGUUGAAGAGCCCUGUGGAUGCGAAGGAUUAUCAAGGGACACUGCUCCAACUCAGCCAAGCCCUUGGCAAUGUCACCAUUGUCCAGAAAGGGAAGAUAGAUCUGAUAUCAGAUGGAACAACAGUGCUGGAGUGUUCCCUGGAGGGCAGUGGCCGGAGGUGUGGUGGUCAGGGAGACCUUCUGUCUGGAUCCCUGGGCGUGCUGGCCCACUGGGCAUUUUCUGCUGGGACGGACAAAACUAAUGGGUUAAACCCCACCCUCAUUGCUUCAUUUGGAGCGUGCGCGCUGACGAGGCAGUGCAACUACCAGGCAUUCCAGAAACACCGCCGCUCGAUGUCUACAUCAGACAUGAUUGAAGAGAUCGCCACCGCCUUCCACAAACUCUUUGAGAGCUGAUGAGAGGCAGCAGUUUCAAGUUGCACCAGAAGGCCAGUUGGGCCAAUUGCUCACACCCUGCAACAGUUUCCAUGAAGUAAUGGGGUAGAGUUCAGUUUAUUUUUCUGAAGAUUUAACCAGAGGCUGAUGGGUGCUGUUUGAGCUGUGGUUACCAUGGAUUGCAAUCUUCUAUUGGACAGGGACAGAGGUGACUGGUAUAGUUCAGGGGAAGAGAUAUCCAACAUUCUAAAUCAUACUGCUGUAAGUUUCUUUCCUUGGGCUGAUUUACUGGACAAAUUUGUUUUCUAAAUAAAAAGUUUACCUCACUUGUGCU